CACGCGCGUCGAACGCACGCCGCGUCGAGAACGAAAAUGGCGGGUCUUCUUUCCAGCAUGGCGGGGCUCACUCUCACGGGUUCGUUCGCGGGCGCUAAGCUCCGGACCCCCACCGCGGCGCCGUCGCGCGUCUCCGGUGGCUUCCAAGUCGUCGCGAAGAAGAAGUGGGAGAAGCAGGAGCUGAAUAAGAACGGCAACCCGGUGCGGGUGUCGAUGCACGUAAAGACCAACGACAAGGUGGUCGUCGUCUCCGGCGCGGAUAAGGGCAAGGUGACGGAGGUUGUCGAGCUCUUCACAAAGUCCGGGGAGAUUCUCUGCAAGGACGUGAACGUGAAGACGAAGCACGUGAAGCCCAAGGGCGAGGGGGAGACGGGUCAGAUCAUCCAGCGGGAGUUUCCGAUUCAUCACUCCAACGUGAUGCACUGGUCGGAGGCGCAGAAGACGCGAUCGCGGAUCGGUCACAAGGUUGAAAACGGGAAGAAGGUGAGGUUCCUGAAGAAGACCGGGGAAGUGCUCGCGAACUGAGUCCGAGUGGGUGGAAUAUUGGGUGACGCGGUGGACGCGACGAGCGAUAGGCGCCGCGGCGGGGUUAGACCCCGCCCGCGCGCACUGUGUGUAAAUUUCGACUGAGACGCGGUUUCG